AUGAUCUAUGAUUUUUAUUGUACUGGUUCAGAUGAUCAGUUAACAUUAAUUGAUAAUGAACAAGCUUUUCAUCGAAUAAAAUUGAGUCCAAAAAUACUCAUUGAUGUAUCAUCUCAUUCAGCACUAAAUUCCGUCAGUUGUCAAACACAUCUUUUAAAUUCUACGAUAACAAUUUCAUUUCCAUGCAUUCUUGCUCCAACAGCUUUACAUCGACUAUCUAGUAAUGAACAUGGACAAUUAGCAACUUUUCGUGCAGCUGUUGCUUGUUCGACAAUAAUGUGUAUCAGUACUAUGGUAUCAAUAUGCAUGGAGCGGAUUGCCGACGAACACUGGGAGCAAAUUAAAGCAAAUUAUCCUCGAAGUACUUCACAGCUUCGGUACAAGCUAUAUGUAUUCAAAAAUCGUCAAGAUACUCAGAGGCUAAUCGAACAUGCUGAAAGAUGUGGCUAUAAAGCUUUAGUGGUUACCGUUGAUCAUUGCGAAGUAGGCAACAGAGAAUGUGAUAUCCAUAAUCAAUUUUCAUUACCUUACGGUAUUCAAGUGGAAAACAUAAUUGAUGAUAAAUGUAAUGAUUUUGCUAAAGCUUAUUGUCGAGCACCCAUUGAUGCGUCAUUACCGUGA